UGAUAGCCCUGAGUAACUUGCCCACGCUCACAGCCUGUCAGUGGCAGAGCUCAACAAUUUUGAAUCCGAGUUCCAGGAAUUAGAAAACCCUUUUUACUGCACUUAGAGGAACUUAAUGAAGUUCAGCAUCCAAAUCCCAUUGCAAGUUCAAUGGGUCGGGUUUCUAGGUCCGGUAGAUUCUUUAAAAGCCCAACCAAAGUGAAUUAUUUCAAAUAUAUGAAUGUUUAAAGUUCAGACAGUUUGAGUUGAGACUUUAAAUAGAAGGCUAUUGUGACGUGCUUAAAUGUCAAUACGAGAGCACCCGGACAAUUUUUCAUCUCUGCUUCAAACCUUCAGACGGUGCCAAAGGCCAGAUAAUGCUGCUGCAGCAAGAACAGAUUUAUCAGAGAUGCUGGUUAGUUUUCAAGAAAGCUUCAAGCAAAGGGCCAAAACGACUGGAGAAGUUUUCAGAUGAGCGUGCUGCCUAUUUUAGAUGCUAUCACAAGGUCACGGAACUCAAUAAUGUGAAGAAUAUAUUACGACUGCCAAAAAACACGAAGAAACAUGCUGUAGGCAUUUAUUUUAAUGAUGACACAUCCAAAACCUUUGCUUGUGAAUCAGAUUUUCUGGGCAUUUAUACAGAACUCGAGGCGGAUGAGUGGUGCAAAGUGCUGCAGAUGGAAUGCCUAGGAACUCAGAUUAAUGACAUAAGCCUUGGAGAGCCUGACUUGUUGGCAUCUGGUGUAGAAAGGGAGCAGAGUGAGAGAUUCAAUGUGUAUUUAAUGCCAUCCCCUAAUUUAGAGGUGCAUGGGGAAUGUACCUUGCAGAUAACAUUUGAGCAUAUCUGUCUUUGGGAUAUCCAGAAUCCCAGAGUAAAACUCAUCUCUUGGCCAUUAAGUGCCCUCCGGCGGUAUGGACGAGACCCAACUUGGUUUACGUUUGAAGCAGGGAGGAUGUGUGACACUGGGGAAGGACUAUUCAUCUUUCAGACAAGAGACGGGGAGGCGAUCUAUCAGAAGGUUCACUCAGCUGCUUUGGCCAUAGCAGAACAACAUGAGCGCUUAUUACAGAGUGUGAAAAAUUCAGUGCUUCAAAUGAAAAUGAGCGAGCGAGCCGUCUCCCUCAACACCAUAGUGCCCUUGCCUCGGAGUGCCUACUGGCAGCACAUUACACGGCAACACAGUACAGGCCAGCUCUACGGUCUACAAGAUGUUUCAAGCCCCCUGAAGCUUCAUCGAACAGACACUUUCCCCACUUACAGAUCAGAGCAUUGAUAAGACUGUAAAGGAUUUGAAAACUCUCUCUGUCUUGUGACAGCUUGGCCCAGCGGAUAAUAAUGAUGACGGCAAGCAAACAAAGGUGGAAAUACAGAAAAAGUCAGCUUGGAUUGGAUUAAGUUCUUGAAUACAAUUUUUUUUUUAACCUUGGCAAGAAAGGAAUAUGUUCUGUAGAUAUUUAAAAAAACGCCAAACCAACUAUCACACGUUUAUUUAAUAUUUUACACCUGGAGGGGACAGAAAUCAGCCCCUAAAUGUUACUGAAUGUUUUUAUAUGAUAGAUAUAUGUUGCAAAUAUAUGAAUUUGUCUUAUGAUGUGGGGUACUGUGAUACCACUUAGUCUGUUUCUGCAGUGUUUGUGUUGAUGUCAGCUGUGCCAGCAAUCUCAUGGUUCCUCUUCGUUGUAACUCUUACCCUUUAGUUGCUAACAUUAUUGGUUAAGACUAAUCUUUGACCAUAGUACUUUCAGAAAUUAUGGCCAGUUUUAAGCAGCAAUUGGAUCUGUUUUUCCUGUGCGAAGUCUCCUUGAGUCCUGAUAGACUUUUAAAAGGACACUGUCAACGUUUAUUUAAUUUUUCCAUGUUUAUUUCCAACUCUGUGGUGUUUAAAAAUAAAACUUUUCCCUCCACCAAUGUUGUGCUUUUCCAUGUGAAUGCCAGUGUCAGCAGUGCAGUCAGCUCAGAGAAUAAUGUCAAGCAACAGACACUCGUGAGUAAGCAGUGGGAAACUGAGUUAUUUUGGAUCUCUCCCAAAGAAUCUCCAUUCUUCAGGAUUUGUAAUUCAUUUAGAGAAACAUAAUGAUAACUUCCACACUCUUUAUGCCAUGAGCACCAAGUAAUUUUGUGACAGAGGUCACAAGUUGUGUUCUAGCUACUGUGUUUAACAGUGUUCCUUUAAGUGCUGCAUUCACAGAUAUGAUAUUAGAAUGUUAAUUAAGUUGGACAGAAUUUUUCAUGCAACAGUUGUGUUUUGUGUGUUUUAUAUUGCACUAACUGAGUUUAUGGGCAUUAAAUGGGGAAUUGGAGACCUAUAGAUGGAUAAUUCUGACUGUUCUGAUAUUUCAUAAAUGAGGGAGCUCUGUGUAGCGAUGCAGACUGUUAACAAUAGUUAAUAAAAUUUGCUAAUAAGUCGAUGAGCAGGAGCAAGGGUGAAAAACUGGUUUAUUUUAUUCUAAAUGAUGGGCACUUGUAGCUUGAACUCUAGCCAGAAUCAAUUCUAAAAUGUAUAGGUUCGAGAAGCCACUCCUGCAUCCUCACGCAAUGUUCACUCUAGUAUCAAUAAACCCAUACAUGCCUGAGGAACUUGGUAACGGACAGGAACAUGAGAUUUCCCUUGAAAUAAGCACUAGCACUCUUUCC